CGUGUUAGCUUUGUCCCACUAAGGCCGCCGUCCUCUCGCACCUACUCGGCGCGGAAGUGGGAGAGGAGGCGGCAGCGCGGCUCGGUCGCGGGCAGCGGCCAUGAGCAAACGGAACCAGGUCUCCUACGUGCGGCCGGCCGAGCCCGCUUUUCUCAGCCGCUUCAAGCGGCAGGUCGGGUAUCGGGAGGGGCCCACGGUGGAAACCAAGAGAGAGCAGCUUCCACUUGCAGAUGGUGAUAGUGAGAAUGGCAGUGACAAAGAAGAUGAGCAGCCUCAAGUAGUAACACUGAAAAAAGGGGACUUGACUGCCGAAGAAGCAAUGAAAAUCAAACAGCAAAUCAAAGAGGCCUUAAAGUCAAAUGAAUCAGAUGGUGAACCAGAACCUGCUGAUGGAAAAAUUAUGUUCAGGAAACCAGCAAAACGUUCAUCAGAGAAGUCUCUGGACUUCAAUGUAAGUUCAAGUAAGAAGAUGAAAGAGGCAAAGAAAACUAAGAGAGAAGCAACUACUCCUCAGAGUACAGCUAAGCAAGUAAAAAAUAGCAGUCUUCUCUCAUUUGAUGAUGAGGAAAAUGAUGAUUAGGAGUGGUAUUUUUUUAUAUUUUACUUAUUCUUCUGGGGAUCUGAGUAAGAUUUGAGGAUUUUCCUAGAAACUGAAGCAUGAUAUCUGAGUCUUCUCUUACUUUGUAGUAGUCCAAAUAGAGAAGCAUAGUGUAAAACUAGGAAGAACUGUCUUUGCAGUUCAGAGAGAACUGUAUGAACAGUAUGUCAUGUCUUUCUUUUAAAAAAGAAUUUAACCAUGUAUGUAAAAGCUAUUUGAGGUCACAAAUAGGUAGCAAAAUAUACCUGUACAUAUCCAGUUUACAUACAUUUUUCAAUCAAUAAAUUUUAAAAUGGCCUCCACUGCUAAAAAUGUAUUUCCUCUCUAUUUACUGGCCUUAGUUGACAGUUGUGUAUUUUUUCCUGUUACUGUUGACAAUAUUGAAAAGAGAGAGACUUCACUGCUGUGGAACAGGGAGCAAAGUUUUCUGUCUCAGCUUGACAGAAGUUGUCACAACUUUUGUACAUGGGGUUUGGUGGAUUAGUUCUUUGCAGAGUCCUUGCAGUGGCUAAAUUCAUGUCUUUGGUGAAUGCAUUCUAAGAAGUAUCAAAUUCAUAUGAAUUGAUUGUGCUAGCAAGAUACGACAUUAGUUGAUGGUAUCAACUAAUGCAAAAGAAGGAUGCUUAAACUCUUGGGAAUUGUGCACCUUGGUUAUCACACUAAUGGGCUCAGUGGUUUGGUGGUGGUUUUUGAGUUUUUUGAAGUAUAUUUGUUCCAGUUGGCUACCUAUGUGUUCAUAAUUAUUUGGGAUCUCAAACAGCUUAUUUUUUAAAAAAUACAUUUAAACUUUACAUUGUGAAAAGCGUUAUUUUGGUUUUCCUCAAUAGGAAAUUGUAAACAGGAAAUUUAAAUCAAGAAAUGUUAUAGCUGUCGUAUAAAGUUUUACAGUUUUUCAGUUGCCCAUGUACCAUACACAGAAAGUGACCAUUUGUGUACCAUGAAUGUAACAGGAUGUGCUGAAACUCAAAAUAACACUGAGAGCUGAAGGGAUUGGGGAAAUGUGACUAGUGACUUUGAAAUUAUUUGGAAGUAUGAUGUGUUUUGUAACCAUAUAUAAGCAAGACCUGAGACUGCUGCAGAAUUACAGGGUACAAGGCAAUGAAACCAAUUCUUCCGCUGUGUGACAGGACAUUUGAAAUUAUUUGGGCUGUAAAGCUUCACUGAGGAGCAAAUUUGAUGUUGCUGUGUUGAACAGCUGCUUUUAGUUUGUUAAUCUGGUAUUAAACAAUAAAUCAUGUUUUCUUUAAAUGGUCCAAAGAUAUUUUGAUGAAAAUUUCAGUACAUAAAAUGGGAUUUUUUUGUCACCUGAUAAUGAAGCCUCUUAUGACAGCUACCUGUCUCCAUACACACCAACUUCCUGCAGCAUAAAAUCAGGUGCAAGUCUGUGUAUCGGCUCACACUAAUUGUGUGAGUGCAUGUUACCCUGAUUUUGAAAAUAAAUAGACUUGUUGUCCUUUCAGAAAAUUAAAACCAGACCUAUAAAUGGAUAUUAAAGUCGUCUUGUAGCACUGGCCUAAUAUUAGAACUGCCAGAGAGGUGCAGUGUGACAACCUGAUUAUUUCCAUGAGGACAAGUUACAUUUGUAAAUACAUAAUUUGUCUGUAUUCUGCAUAUAUA